CAUGAUUCUACAAGUUUGGAAGGAUUUAUUUACUUUGCUGAACAUUUGAAAUCUCUUGAGGUGUGUGGAUGCAACUGAGUGGGUUGGCGACCUUGUGCUUGGCUUGAGAGUGUGUCUUAAGGCCUGGAGUCUCAAGAACAGUGGCGUAGCCACAUCCAAGCCAUUAACAUGGAUCCCUAUGUGAUCCUUAUAUGCCGCACUCAGGAGCAACAAAGCAGUGUUGCAUCAGGUCAUGGAAGUGAACCGGAGUGGAAUGAGAAUUUUGUAUUCAAUGUGUCUGAAGGUGUUAACGAACUCAGAUUGAAGAUCAUGGACAGUGAUACCGGAACGGCACAUGAUUUCGUAGGAGAAGCUACGAUUCCAUUGGAUGCGUUGUUUACUGAAGGAAGCAUCCCACCCGUGGCAUACAAUGUUGUCAAGGAUGGCCACUACUGUGGAGAGAUUAGAGUUGGCCUUACUUUCACACACGAGGAUCGCAGAGAACGGUCAGAGGAAAGUUUUGGUGGAUGGAAGGAGUCUGGUUACUGAGACUGAAUAUCUUAAUUAAUAGCAUUUCUGUUUCUGAGUACUAUUAUUGU